GUGAUUUUGAACAAACGCGGCGGCGGGAUCGGCGCGGGCGCGGCCGCCGCCGCCGCGGCCGCCGGGAGCGGCACCGGGGGGCGCCCGCACCGGCCAGAGGCAUCGCUAGCGGAGGAAGAAGAAGAGCGCCCGCCCGCCCGUACCUGCUCCGGCCAUCACUGCCACAGCUACUAAAAUGGAGGUGGUUUCAGCAGAGGUCAACAGCUUGCUCCCUGAGGAAAUCAUGGACACUGGCAUAACUCUGGUGGAAGAAGACAGCAUCGAGGCCGUUAUCGUGUCUUCACCGAUGGGAGACUCUAUUCCCAUGGAAACAGAACUGGAAGAAAUAGUGAACAUCAGCUCCACCACCGACUCCUCAGCCACGACUACAGCCACAGUCACCACGGAAUCGGUUCCUGUGCCCAGCAGCCACUCAGGAGAUGCAGCGCUGAGCACCACAGCCCCAAGCCCUGAUGUGAAUGCAGCUGUAAAGUCUGCCUUUCCAGGUGGCCUCCAUAAACUUGGUGCUCAGACCCCUGUCACUAUCUCAGCUAAUCAGAUUAUUCUGAACAAGGCCACUGAUAUUAAAAUAGGCAAUCAGAGUAUUAAACCGGACGGGCAAAAGCUGAUUGUAACAACUUUGGGCAAGUCUGGCCAGCCUAUUGUUUUAGCAUUACCCCACAGCCAGCUCCCGCAGUCGCAGAAGGCCGUGUCCCAGGCCCAGGGUGGAGACUCCAAGGUACAAGGCCAGCAGAUCAAAGUUGUCAUUGGAGGUCGGUCGGAAGUGAAACCUGUUGUGGGUGUCUCAGCUUUGACGCAGGGAAGUCAGCUGAUAAACUCUGCGGCCCAGCCCUCUGUCUUGCAGUCCCAGCAAGUAAAAACAGUACAGAUUGCGAAGAAGACUCGAACCCCAACUUCUGGCCCGGUGAUCACCAAGCUGAUAUUUGCAAAACCAGUCAAUAGCAAAGCUGUUACAGGGCAGACCACUCAAGUGUCACCAGUCAUUGCAGGUAGGGUUUUUUCACAGUCUGCUCCAGGGACACCACCAAAGACAAUAACGAUCUCUGAGAGCGGAGUCAUUGGAUCAUCUUUGAGUACAACAACACAACAGACACCGAAUAAAAUAGCUAUCUCACCACUCAAAUCCCCCAAUAAGCUAACAGUGGUGUCAGUGGCCUCCCAGCCUCCCAACUCCCCCCAGAAGACGGUGGGCGUCCCACUGAAUGUAGCGUUAGGACAGCAGAUCCUCACAGUGCAGCAGUCAGCACCCUCCUCCCCUGGGAAGGCUAUAGUCAACCACACAACCACCCAGGCUGUGAAAUCAGCAGUGCAGACCAUUACUGUAGGAGGAGUGGGUACAUCUCAAUAUAAGACAAUUAUUCCCUUGGCAACUGCACCCAAUGUUCAGCAGAUUCAGGUCCCUGGAAGCAAGUUCCAUUAUGUCAGACUCGUUACUGCCACAACAGCCAGUAGUUCAACCCAAUCUGCCAGUCAAAAUCCCAGUACGAGUACUCAGCCUCUGCAACAGGCGAAGCCCGUGGUGGUGAACGCAACCCCAGUGCGUAUGUCAGUUCCCAUAGUACCAGCACAGACUGUGAAACAGGUCGUGCCCAAGCCAAUCAAUUCAACUUCUCAAAUAGUCACUACUAGUCAGCCCCAACAAAGACUUAUCAUGCCAGCCACUCCACUGCCACAGAUCCAGCCCAACCUCACCAACCUCCCGCCAGGCACUGUGCUGGCACCAGCCCCUGGCACAGGAAAUGUUGGCUAUGCAGUCCUUCCAGCUCAGUAUGUCACACAGCUACAACAGUCAUCCUAUGUAUCUAUAGCGAGCAACACUGGCUUCACAGGGACAUCCAGUGUCCAGUCCCAGGCACGGCUGCCAUUUAACGGAAUAAUUUCUUCUGAGUCUGCAAACCGCCCCAGGAAGCCUUGCAAUUGUACUAAGUCUCUGUGUUUGAAAUUGUAUUGUGACUGUUUUGCAAAUGGUGAAUUCUGCAAUAACUGCAACUGUACAAAUUGUUAUAACAACCUGGACCAUGAGAACGAUAGGCAAAAAGCAAUAAAGGCCUGCCUCGACAGAAACCCUGAAGCCUUCAAGCCCAAAAUAGGGAAAGGAAAGGAAGGAGAAUCGGAUCGGAGGCACAGCAAAGGGUGUAACUGUAAGCGCUCGGGAUGCCUCAAAAACUACUGCGAGUGUUACGAGGCAAAAAUCAUGUGUUCUUCCAUAUGCAAAUGCAUUGGCUGUAAAAAUUUUGAAGAAAGCCCGGAGCGAAAGACAUUGAUGCAUUUAGCAGAUGCUGCAGAGGUCAGGGUCCAGCAGCAGACUGCUGCGAAGACCAAGUUAUCUUCCCAGAUCUCAGACUUGCUGACAAGGCCAACACCAGCACUCAGCAGUGGUGGUGGGAAGCUGCCCUUUACCUUUGUCACCAAGGAGGUGGCCGAUGCAACCUGUGAAUGCCUCCUGGCACAGGCAGAGCAAGCGGAGAAGACGGGCAAGUCCAAAGCUGCAGCAGAGCGCAUGAUCCUGGAGGAGUUUGGUCGCUGUCUGAUGAGGGUUAUCAGCUCUGCAGGGAAGUCCAAAGGUGACCCUUGUGCCAUGAACUGCUGACUCAUGCACAUGAGCCACAAUGAAGUGGACUGAACAGAACACUUAAGGCACAGGGACACUUUGGUUUAGCAUAAAGGAUUUAAUAAUAUUUGUUAA